GCGGCAUAAACCCAGCGUUUGAAGAAGAAGAGAAUGAAAGAGGAGAUCCGUCUAUUCAGGUCACCAAGUUUGAUUCAGAAGAUGCGUGCAAUUCGAUAAAGCCGGAUGCGGAUGAGGUGUACAGCCAGCUCAAGCCGUACGCCGGGAUGCCCAAGGAGGUGCUGCUGCUGUUCUCCUCGCAGGCCCGGUACAAGGUCCUCAGGGAGGUCCUCUUCUGGCUGACCGUGGCCUGCACCUUGGUUCUCAUCGCUCUGACCAUCACCGUCAUCGCCCUGUCUCCUCGUUGUCUCAGCUGGUGGCAGAUGUCCCCCGUCUACCAGAUCUACCCUCGCUCUUUCAAGGACUCGGACGGGGACGGCGUUGGGGAUCUCAAAGGUAUUCUCCAGCAGUUGGACCACUUCCAGUACCUGAACAUAAAAUCCAUCUGGGUCAGUCCCUUCUAUCGUUCUCCAAUGAAGGAUUUUGGGUACGACGUGGAGGACUUCCGUGAUAUUGACCCUCUGUUUGGAACCAUGCAGGACUUUGAGGAGCUGCUGACUGAGAUGCAUAAGAGAGAUCUGAAACUCAUCAUGGACUUUAUUCCCAACCACACGAGUGACAAGCAUCGCUGGUUCAACCUCAGCCGAUCAGGUGACCCUCAUUACAGAGAUUACUACGUCUGGACUGACUGCAAUGCAUCAAAUCCAAAACCAAAUAACUGGGUGAGCAUAUUUGGAAACUCUUCAUGGAGCUACGAUGAAGUUCGGAAACAGUGCUACUAUCACCAGUUUCUGAAGGAGCAGCCGGAUCUAAACUUCCGAAACCCAGACGUUCGAAAAGAAAUCAGUGACCUGAUUCACUUCUGGCUGAAGAAGGGAGUGGACGGCUUCAGGAUGGACGCCGUGAAGCACAUUUUUGAAGCGGAGCAUUUGAGAGACGAGCAGCAAGUGGAUCCAAACAAACCUCCAGAGGAAAUAACGACCGAGUGGGAUCUGUACCACGACUUCACCACGACGCAGAUCGGCCUCCACGACCUGCUGCGAGAGUGGAGGGCGGAGAUGGACGUCUACAGCCGAGAGCCUGGACGAUACCGGUUCUUGGUAACUGAGUCGUACGAUUACCAUGAAAUCGAGAAGACCAUGAUGUACUACAGCACGCCGCUGGUUAAAGAGGGCGACUUUCCCUUUAAUUUUUACCUGCUGGACCUGCCCCAGAACACCAGUGGCUUCUGGGUAAAACAUCUGGUCGACCUGUGGAUGUCCAACAUGCCAAAAGGACAAUGGCCGAACUGGGUGGUUGGAAAUCACGACAGAGCUCGCAUCGGAACCAGCGUCGUACCUUACGUCCGCGCUAUCAACAUGAUGCUGCUCACGUUACCGGGGACGGCCACGACAUACUACGGCGAAGAGAUCGGGAUGCAGAACAUCAACAUCACACAGGACCAGGUGCAGGACCCCGCCGGCAGGUACAACGUGAGCCUCAGUCGAGAUCCACAGAGGUCCCCGAUGCAGUGGAGCGACGGCGUAAACGCAGGGUUCAGUCUCCAGAGCAACGCCACAUGGCUCCCAGUGCAUCCAGACUAUAAAACUGUUAACGUGGAGGUCCAGAAGAAAGACGAGAGCUCUGUCCUGGCUCAGUAUCGUUCCUUAAACUCUCUGCGUGAGUCCGAGCUUCCUCUUCAUCGGGGCUGGUUCUGUUACGUUCACACCGACGCCAGCGUUUUCUCUUAUCUCCGAGAGCUGGACGGACUCAACAGAGCCUUUUUAAUCGUCCUCAACUUCGGAAAAGAAGCGGCCGUCACAGAUCUGUCCGCCGUAAACGAGCUACCGAGUCAGCUCAGCGUUUUGAUGAGCACGGUGCACGAGAACACGGGGAAAAGCGUGUCCAAAUCCCAGAUCAGAACUGAAGCCGGAGAGGGGCUCCUGAUCCGGUUCAACAACAACAAGAAGUUUAACCAGAACCACCAGGAGCAGUGCUAUAUCUCUGAAAAAGCCUGUUAUCUCGGGGCCAUGGACAUACUUUAUAAAUGCUAAGAAUAUGAGAAAUAAAUGUACACUAUCCAAGUUUAACAAAACACAAAGUACUGUAUUUAAGUAUAAAUUUGAGGUAUCUGUACUUUACCUAAGUACAUUUUAACCCUCUGGUGCACAGCGGUCACUGCAGUGGACAGAUACUAAAACAUAACUUCUUUAAUGCAUUGGUUUAUGUGGUGGAGCUGCACAUCAGAAUCUAGAGUGCUCUCUGCUGCCACACUCCAUUGAGGUCAAUUCAGUGGUCAGUCGGUGUAACUGCAAGUAAAUUUCCUUGGUUUUUGGUUGGUUUUCUUAUUCAGGGCUAAACAUUGCACCUAUACAGUGUUGAAAUUUCCCAAAAAUUGUUAAAAUAAAUAAAUCAAAGCAUAAAAAGAAACGUAUGUCCGUGUAUUUACAAUAAAACACAAGUUAAUUCAUUUUUACAGGCAGUUCACAAUGUUGUUUCACGUCCUGAGAAGAAUAAAAACACUUCAGAAAAAAAUCUUGACCAAGGCUUUUCAUAAUUCAUGCAUCAGAGGGUUAAACUGGAUAUUUUUACUUCUACUUCACUACAUUUGAAAACAAGACUGAAAAGCAAAAGUAUUUUUUAUAAAAGGCUGAAGGUCUGUUUUUACACGUUCAUGAUAUAAUCUGAGCAAAACAAAAAUAUACAAAUAAAAACAGAUAGAA